UGUACCUGUCGAAUCGUGCGGAAGACGUGGCGUAUACGUGAUACAGUUAAUAGUGAAGAAAUUACAACAUUAUUAAUAAUACAUACCCAUAUAGGAAUAAACACUGUUCGCGUGCCCUAAGGAUGUACACUCUUAAUUAUUUAUACAAAAUACUUAUUGUUUUGUUGCUUUUCUAUACACAUCUUGGCUACAGCAGACCGCAGGCAACGGAUACAAAUACGGAAACUCCGGAGCCUUUGCGCAACGGACGCUAUGUGCCUGAAUUGCAUGGUGGUUAUCGAGGCAAGUAUAUACCUGAUGAAAGCGGCAAAUAUCGUCAUGUGCACAUACCGUAUGACGGUGGCUAUGGUGAUCGUGGCCUGGAGUAUAUACAUGAUGAACCACGUCGCAUCAAUGGAUUUGCUGGCUUGAAAUUGGGACCGAAAGAUCAUUUACGCUUCGCAAUAGAUUUCAAUUACGACGGUAGUGGUUGGCAAAUUGUGCAAUUUGAAUGGCAAAAUGACGAUGAUGAAAACAUGAAAUUUAACUAUAACUAUCAGAGUCAAUUGUGGCCGGACACAGGUGCAGAGGUCGCUGAUGAGACAACUGGUACUGAAGUGGGAAGUAGUAACGUUGAAUCGGCCGAAAAAAAUACGAACGUGCAUGUGUCGGGCGAAUACCAAGACAAUAUCUACAAUGUCAGCUAUUCAAAUGAUAAUACGCAGAAUGCACCAAGUCAAACUAACAUCCAAGCAACCAUACGAGAUGUACUAGACUAUAUACAAACGAAUAUAUUGCCUACACUCAAAUGAGUUUUGAGGUUUUCGUUGGCCGUGAAGUCCUUUCUGAUACCUUUACAAAUAAUUUUAAAUGUGACUCGCAUUAUAUAUACAUAUGUGCAUACAUACGAGUAAACUACUAUAGAGUAUUGAAAUAAAUAUCCUUUCUUAAUAAAUGUGUUUUAGCAGAGA